CGGGGAUACCGCGCCUGUCUGCCGGUUGCUCGUUAUAGACGCGCUCCGUUCACCGCUAUUAUUUUGUGCGAAAUAAUCUAAAACUACUUUAAUUUCAAAAUGUGUAUUCAGAAUAAACUUAAGAAAAAUAAAUAAUUUUCACUUCUUACAAAACUAUGUAACAAUAAAUAUUUUUGUGGACUAAAGUUGGAUAACAUGAUAACAACCAUGACGUCAUUCAUAUUACUUAAGACGAACUCUUUUUUGUUGAGGAUGAACAGAGAAGAUAAUGUUAACUGGUUCCAUGGGAAAAUAUCACGGGAAACUGCUGAAAAGUUAUUAAAAGAAGAGGGUGAAGAUGGGGUUUUCUUAGUACGUGAAAGUAACACUUCACCAGGAGACUAUGUGCUUUCUGUUCUUCAUCAGGGUGAAGUAGUGCAUUACCAAAUUAGAAGACAUGGUGAAGAUGCUUUCUUCAGCAUUGAAGAACACACAACUGUACAUGGCCUAGAUACACUUAUUCAACAUUACCGUGGUGAUUCAAAUGGACUUGUGACUCGACUGUCGGUGGUCUGCAAAGGCCAACCACCACCUCAUGAAUCACGUACACAAGGAACCACUAACCUCUUACAUAGAGCUACCGAGGCUGGCAACUAUAACGUAGUGUCACAGCUACUGGAUUGCGGGUAUCACAGCAGAGAUGCGAAGAACCAAGACGGACAGACGGCUGUCCAUAUAGCUGCCCGUGCAGGCCGCGAUAACAUCCUGGCGAAACUCAUAGAAAGUGGUGCCACCGUGAACGUGCGAGACUCGUUCGGAUACACGCCGUUACAUUAUACGUGUCAGAACAAUUUGCCAAAUACAACAGAGCUGCUUAUAACAAAAGGCAACGCAAACUAUCAGAUGAGGCACGCUGUCACGGGCAAAGUACCACUACAUGACGCCGCGCAGAGAGGUCACAUCAAAUGUAUCGAGGUUUUACUAAAAUUGAGAGCGCCGGCGCAUCCAAGGACACUGUCACAAGAAACACCUGCAGAUUUAGCAAAACACCAUGGACAUACGGAAUGCUAUCAAUUGUUGAAGAAUCACGUACCGUCCCCUCCGAAGACUUCGCGCAGUCAGUGGUACCACGGCACGUUGAAUCGCGGCGAGGCUGUGCGGACGCUGCAGAAGCAUGGCGGCGACGGCGCCUACCUUCUGCGAUACAGCGAACAUCACACAGGCGCCUACGUUCUCACCAUGCUCAGCGAAAACACGCCCUACAACUUUAUUAUAAGAAAAGAGAACGAGUGGCUGUUCAUAGACGAUGGGCCAUACCUGGAGUCGUUGGAGCGUUUGGUGGAACACUACAGCGCUGUGCCCGACGGACUGCCCACGAGGCUGCAGGCACCUGUGCCGCCCAAACCCAAGCCACCACUGCCCGAGUUUUCUACAAUGCCACGAACUAAGAAGCCAUCGCCCUGUCGAGCUGCCAUGAACCAGACAUUAUCUUUAGUCAAACAUGACAUCUUAAAUGACCAACAGAUGUCUCCUACUUCACCACCCAUUCCUCUUGUUGGGAACAACAAUGCUUUCGACCUACUCACACGAAAUCUGUCUUUCUCUUCGGACUUCGCAAAUGAUAGUUUAAAUAAUAAUGAUGAAAUGGAUGACAAUGACACAUACAAAGUUCCUGUGAGCAAUGUUGUGGUACCAGAGAAUUACAACGAAAUAUCAAUUAACUCUGAUGGACAAUUAUCCACAUUACAAGACUUUAUUCCAAUGACGGAGCUGACGCUGGGCUCGGCGCUGGGCGAGGGCGAGUUCGGGUCCGUGCUGAGCGGCACGUACGGGCCGCCUGGUGACCAGCGCCAGGUCGCCGUCAAAACGCUGCACGUGCAGCACACCGACACCAACAAGAACGAGUUCCUGGCAGAGGCCAAGCUCAUGAUGGCCCUGCGGCAUCCGUGCAUCGUCAGACUUAUCGGCAUCUCGCUGGGUCCACCAUUAGCUAUGAUUCAAGAACUGGUACCUCUGGGCUCUCUAUUGGAGUACCUACUCCGUUACCCUGACAAGGUGAGCCCGGGCUGCGAGUUGCGCCUGUGGGCUUGCCAGGUGGCAACUGGGAUGCGGUACUUGGAGCGACGACGAUUCGUACACAGAGACCUUGCAACCAGGAAUAUAUUACUCGCUAGCAGAAAACAAGCAAAGAUAAGUGAUUUCGGCCUGUCCCGCGCUCUGUUGACUGACAGCUCAUAUUACAAGGCGAGCCGCGGCGGCAAGUGGCCAAUCAAGUGGUAUGCUCCUGAGUCCUACAACUACGGGACUUUUAGCCAUGCCAGCGACGUGUGGAGCUAUGGCGUCACGCUUUGGGAAAUGUUCUCUUAUGGGAAGCAACCGUAUGGCGAGAUGAAGGGAACAGAGGCAAUACAAUUAGUGGAGAGUGGUAAACGACUGGAGCGACCAGAAAACUGCCCGGACGAGAUCUACAAUGUGAUGCUCGACUGCUGGGCUUACAAUCCAGAUCAACGACCAACCUUCAGCAAAUUAGUAGAUGUCUUCUCGCAACACCCAGAUUAUGUAAAUAUGAGCCAGUUGGUUCUUGACAACGAAGAUGUAAUAGUCUAAUAUAUAUUAGUAUUAGCUCUUGAAUAUGAAUGUAGUCAUUUAUAUGCGAUAUUUUUAUAAAUACUGCUGAUACAUUAAAAUUUUUGUAAACAUGAAGACUCUAGGUCUCGUCUCAAUGCAUGUAGACUCAGUAUUAAGAAUGGUUAUUUCAUGGAAAGCUUUAUAUUUAUCAAUAUAUCUCGGUACCCAGGAUAAAUAAAAUAAAUUAUAUUCGUUAUUAGGCUGAGACGGGAUGAUAUGAAUUUUAUACAUUUGUGUACAGUAAAUAAAUAUAAUAAAUGAAUUUAUUAUAAAUAAAUAUUUCUACAUUUCUGUUUUAAAUUAUGUAAAUAUUUUUUGUAUUUUUAAUCAAUUAUGUUUCACUAUAUUAACGACAUUUUAAUACUAUAUUCAUAUAGGCAGCUAGUACAUAGCAAACAUCAACUCUUAGUUUUAAUUAUGACAGUGUGAUAUAGUAAAUGACAUGCCUUGAUGUGCCUGCUAUUUAGAUUUAUAUGAUGUUUUUUGUACAAAGUGUAUUUUUAUACGAAAAUUUGUUUUUAAUAUAAUAGGUAAGUUACAAACAAUUAAAGCAUAUUCGAUAGGAGUAAAUGAUCUGAGUAGAAAUAAUGAACAUUUAUAUAUUUUCAUUGUAAAUUACAUUUCUCAUUAAAUAAAUUUAAGUUGUCGCUGUCUGUAAAUAAUAAGCUUUUGGUGUAUUACUAAUUAUUAUUUUUAUUAUAUGUUCCUUUCAUUGCCAAAAUGUAUGUUUAACCUAAAUGGAUCAUUAUCUUUUUUCUGACUUGUUAUAUAGAAUCUUGUACAUUCCAUUAUAUGAUAGUUUUAGAGUAUUAUAUUAAAAACUAUAUUGUUAUUAUUUUAGCUGACCGAUGAUAUACGAUCAGUAAGGGGAUUUUGUAUAUGGUGAUAUCCCGACAGUUGUCUUCAUAAAAUAUUUACUCGAAAAUUAUUAUGUAACAUUCAUAUUUAAUUUUAAUAAUAAUCGAAAUGCCAUGGACAUGCCAUAGUAACAUUUAUUAUUAUGCAAUAAUUGCCAUGUGGUUGUGUUAUAUUAUAAUGUACAAACAUAAUGUAGUUACCCAAAUUAUAUGUUUAUUAGAAUUUAUAUUAAAUUCUGUAUGAGUCUGACUUUAUAAAUAAUUAACAUUUAUAUUAUUGUGAUAAAAUGUAUUUAUAAAUUAAAUAACUAUUUCAUAUACAAAUUAUACUUUUCAUUUUAAUUCAUAAUUUCAUGAACAUUCCUUCCAGUUUGUAAUACUAUCGUACUAAUAGCGGUAUUAUUGUAAGCUUUCUUGUGACUAAUAACAAAAUCGGAGUAAUGUUUAUUAUUUGGCUUAAUUAACCUAUAACAUUACGAGCUAGUGUUCUGUGUAGGGUACUGAGUGAAUGUAAAUAAACAUUUUAUUUUCACACAUACAAAGGAUACAAAAAAACGAAACGUAUAAGGUUGUAAAGAGUAUAUAAAACCAUAAGUAGGACAAAUAAUUACAUUUGUAUAUUACACAUAUGGAAUAUACCGAACAAAUGCCAUUCCCUUAGAUUUGAACUGAAUAUAUCAGGCAAAAUUAUAUAAAUACUUAAAAUUAAUAAGUCAGAAUAGAAUAUUUAGAGAAGCAUAUUCAUUUAUUCAAAUUAUUAGUUAUAUAAACUUGACUUAAUUGAGAAAGUUUGCUAUUUUUAGUCAUUAGUAAUUAAUAAGAAUAUAUAUUACAAAUCAAAAUUUAAAUAUAAUAGGUAUAAUACUGCACAGGUGUGCGUAGUGCAUACUUAUUACAUUGAUUGCAACAAAUAAUAACAAGUCAUCUUCAGAAUAGGCAUUCUGCGCCGAUGGUCAUUAUAGUCUAAAGGUGCAUAACAUUUUUUUGGAAAAAGUAGUUUGCUUUAUGGUCAUGUGAUCGAGCAUAUUAUAAUAUUACGUUAUUUCUCCACAAAUAUGACAAAUUCUUAGCCAUGCACAUCCGAGUUAAGACAGGACGGAUUAUAGACUAUUUAUUUGUACG